UUCUACUCUUGUCGACCACUCCUUUCCCUCUCUUCAAAACACACACACACACACUCUCUCUCUCUCUCUCACUUAAUAAAUCACACACAGUCAAGCGAAUCCGGCGGCGGCAAUGGCGGAGGAAGGCGGCGGCGAGGAGUACCUCUUCAAGAUAGUCGUGAUCGGCGAUUCAGCCGUGGGGAAAUCCAACCUUCUCUCGCGCUUCGCCAGGGACGAGUUCGACCACAACUCCAAAGCCACCAUAGGAGUCGAGUUCCAGACGCAGGUGGUCCAGGUCGACGGCAAGGAGGUCAAGGCGCAGGUCUGGGACACCGCCGGCCAGGAGCGCUUCCGCGCCGUCACCUCCGCCUACUACCGCGGCGCCGUCGGCGCGCUCAUUGUCUACGAUAUCACCAGGAAGACCACUUUCGAGAGCACCAAACGCUGGCUCGAUGAGCUCAAUACUCACUGUGACACUGCGGUGGCAAGGAUGCUUGUGGGGAACAAGUGCGAUUUGGAUGACAUCAGGGAGGUGAGUGUGGAGGAGGGGAAGAGCCUCGCUGAAGAAGAAGGCUUGUUCUUCAUAGAGACCUCAGCCCUCGACGCCACCAAUGUGAUGAAGGCGUUUGAGAUCGUCAUACACGAGAUCUAUGACAAGGUUAGCCGCAAGAUACUCAGCUCAGACUCGUACAAGGCCGACCUCUCGGUUAACCGGGUCAGCCUGGCCAACGGGGUUGACUUGUCAAAGCAGAACAGCGGCGUGAUGUCUUGCUGCUCGAGAUGAGCUCCAGUAUGUUCCUCUUACCCGGAUCUCUUUCUUCUUUCUGUCUCCCUCUUGAGCUGCUUCUUGCAUUAUUAUUUUUAUUUUCAAUUAUAUGCUGUCGUGAAACAUGGAAAUGAAGUUUAUUUAUGUUUAUGAAAUAAUCAUAUGAUGGAUUUGUCCUA